AUGUUGUAUUCGUAUCUCGCUCUUCUUGUUGGAGGUGCCAUUCUAGCCACAGUCAUAUAUAAUCGAUGGUUCCAUCCUCUGAGCAAAUUCCCCGGACCGUUCCUGGCUUCUCAGACCGACCUAUGGAGAGUUUACCAGCUGACCACUCGACAUAUGCCUGAGAAACUGCUGAAAUUGCAUGAACAGUACGGUCCGGUCGUUAGAUACGGUCCCAACGAGCUGAGUUUCUGGGGAGUCAAGGCCAUCAAUCCCAUCUACAAGUCUGGUCGGAAAGUCCUCAAGAGUGACUUUUACGAUGGCUUCACGACCUUCUACCAGAACCUGUUUGGCACAAAGGAUGAAGAGCUCCACGCCAAACGACGCCGUCAGAUGGCUCACAGCUUCUCAAUUGCGUCUCUCGCACAGAUGGAAUCAAUCUUUGACCGCCGAAUCAAUCACCUCGUCAGGACGAUGGACUCCUUUGGAGCUGCACCCUUCGACCUCAAAGAGCUGAUAGGGUACUACACGUACGACCUGAUGGGUGAAUUGAUUUUCAACGCCGAGUUCGGGACGAUGGAAACCCAAGAUCCCAAAGGCCUCCCUCCGAUCAACGAACACAUCUUUCUGGGAUGUAUUUACGGCAUGCUCCCCUCGUUGCUUCCGUACAGCAUGCGGCUUGCCCCUCGCGUGCCUCUCCCGUGGCUGCAACACCUCUUGGCCGGACGGAAGAAACUCCGCGACCAGACUGCAACGCACGUCGCGGUGGAACUGGCAAAGGACAAGACCGAGGUCCGCCACAACAUCCUCUCCAGGCUCACGCAAGCAACGGACCCCGAGACAGGUGAAGGACUCACAGAGGCCGAAAUCAGCUCGGAGGCGUUUGCUUUCCUGGUCGCGGGCGCGCACACCACGUCGGGCACACUCACGCUCCUGCUCUACCAUCUUCUCCACAACCCGACUGCGGCGAAGAAGUUGACGGAAGAACUGAACAGUCCGUUGUUUUUGCAGUCGCCGGAUCCAAGAAACGACCAGUCCUCGCCUUCGUACUCGGGCCUGGAGAUGCAGCUACCCUACGCCACGGCCUGUAUAAGGGAGAGCUACCGCAUGUCUCCUGUCUUUACGAUGCCGUUGCCUCGGACGAUUUGUGAUCCACUCGGUGCAGAUAUUGAUGGUCAUCAUAUCCCCCAGGGCGCAAAUUGUUCCAUAACAAACCACGUUCUGCACCACAACCCAGAGAUCUGGGGCGACGAUCACGACGUCUUCCGGCCGGAAAGGUGGCUCGAGGAAGGCAACACAUUGUCUCCAAAUGACUUGCUACCCUUCGGAGCGGGUCACCGCGGAUGUAUAGGCCGCAACAUCGCGAGUAUGAGUGUCGUCAAGGUUCUGGUGACGCUGUGGAGACGGUACGAGCUGGAAGCUGUCGAUGUCGAUGGCGAUGAGAAAUUGGUCAUGGAAUCUGUCGGUAUCGGAGAGAAGAAAGGACCCUUGGUUGUGAAAGCCAGAGCGAGGACAUGCUGA